UAAAACUUAAACAUCAAAAGGACCUUUCAAGGACAUGAUACAUCAUUUUUGAGUAACCACAUUAAACUGGCUUUAUUUGUGAGAUAACUGGAGCAUAUACUGUUUUUUUUUUUUUUUUUUUUUUUUUUUUUUUUACUUAUGGUCUCAGGCACAUUAAGUUUAUUGUAGAUUAUUAAACCUAUUCGUUUAGUUGAAAUGUUGCAAAUAUAUUUCACAAUACAUUUUAAUAUCUUGUUUGGGGCGUCGUUUGAGUGUAAUUAUUGACUGCAUGCUUAUCAGCCUGUCACCUCCCACUUCCCUGGACUCUUAUGAAUACAAUAACUCAAAGGCUAUUAUUGUGCACACUAAUAUUACACUAUAAACAGAGGCACGUUCAGCCUCACUCUUUAUCUCGAGUUAAACUCUGAGGAAAGAAAAUAGAAAACGCAUGUUGGUUGUCCCUCACAUAUCCUCAAGCAGGGAACCAUAGACUACGCGGUGUCUGGGGUGGGUUUUUUUCUCCAGUCAAAGGAAAAAGGAAUGACCUGGGUUUGGGAUUUUCACCACAAAAAAGGAAUCCACACGGGUUAGUUCCACUUAUUUUGCUCCAAAUUGUAUUAAAUUGCUAAGUUGGCGAGUAUGUUUGAGACAAAGAGGUCUACCCAUCGUCAGCUAUUAUGGGGCACCGCAUAGCACAGGAGCGUAAACGACCGGCUCUGGAUAAUAGGCUAUUUUGUUUCACAUAGGCUAUCCGGGGACAAAUAUGGUGCGUCUUUUAAUUUACUUUACUAUUGAUUGGACAUUCAGAGAACUACCUGACAAUUGUAGGUGACACGGAGAAAUGUAUUUGUUUGAUUGUGGGAUGAAUAAGUGGCGCGCGCAUGUCUCGCACGAGCGCAGGUGGAAUGGAGAGAGGCGCUGUAGUAAACGAGGAGAAAACGCCGAAACUGGUCGAUAUUUUUAGCAGAAGAUUUUGUUAGUCACUUCUAUGGUUUGUGGGUUUGUUCUUCUCGCGUUUCAUUUUAAAAUGUAAAUAGGCAUGUGUUGAAAACCGCUGCUCUUUUGAGGGGCAACUCAACGCUGGGAGGAUUUUGCUCUCUGGACCACAGUUAUUCAAUUUACACAUCACUUUCACUUUAAACCCCAUUUUCGCGUGGAUAUUCAUCGUCGAACAGAAGAAUGCCCGAGGAGUUUUCUGCGUCCAAAGCCCUCUACAUGGGCAUGGAGGUGGUGAUCGCCGUGUCAUCCGUGAUAGGAAACGUGAUGGUGGUUUGGGCAGUACAAAUGAAUAAAUCUCUGAGAGACACUACAUUUUCCUUCAUUGUUUCUCUGGCGCUCGCGGACAUUGCAGUAGGAGCGCUGGUCAUCCCACUGGCGAUAACUAUAAGUAUCGGACUCCAGACUCACUUCUACAGCUGUCUGCUGGUGGCGUGCACGGUGCUGGUUCUGACCCAAAGUUCGAUCCUCGCUUUGCUCGCUAUAGCCAUCGACCGAUACCUGAGGGUCAAGAUCCCAACCAGUUAUAAGCGAGUGGUCACUCCCAAACGAGCUAGAAUUGCAGUAUUCAUGUGUUGGACGGUGGCCUUCAUAAUUGGCUUGACUCCCAUGCUGGGCUGGAACAAUUUACACAACCUGCAACGUAACAACCGCUCAAUCGGCCCUGACCUCAGCAUCACCUGCCAGUUUGAGAACGUCAUCAGCAUGGAGUACAUGGUCUACUUCAACUUCUUUGGUUGGGUGCUCCCCCCUCUUCUUUUCAUGCUCAUCAUUUACUCGGAGAUCUUCUACAUGAUCCACAAGCAGCUGAAUAAGAAGGUGUCCAGCCACUCUGAACCGAACAAGUAUUACGACAAAGAACUGAAGCUGGCGAAGUCUCUGGCGCUAGUCCUUUUCCUGUUCGCCGUUAGCUGGCUCCCUCUCCACAUUAUGAACUGCAUCACGCUCUUCUGUCCGAAGUAUGAGAAGCCCAUGUUCCUCAUUUAUAUAGCCAUUCUGCUCUCGCAUGGCAACUCUGCAGUCAACCCCAUCGUUUAUGCUUUCCGCAUCAACAAAUUUCGCACAGCGUUCCAGAGGAUCUGGAAACAGUACCUCUGCUGCAAGGAGGCUCCUCCUCCCGACAGCCAGCCAAGCGAGAGACUGGAUAACAAUCACUAUAUCGCCACCGCCACUGCUCGCCCAGAUCUUGCUUUGGAACAUAACGUCUGAGUGACUUCCCUGCAUCCUCUGGGAAGCUCAAACGCCUUCUGCUGGCUGGACAGACAAAGCUGUCAUGUCUCGGUUUGUCUCUUUUGAAUGUAAAUCAGAGCUCACCACAGACUGUUCAGGCUGAAAUGUCCAUUUAUUGGAAUGAGAGCGCAUCGUUCAUAAAAGGAAGUUCAUCACAGGAAAUCUUGCUUCAUGGAGAGAGGCCUUGAAGAAUGUUUUGAAGUAAAAUGAAUUUGACAGAACAAUUAAAUGAUAAAAAUAUAGAAAUAUUUGCUGAAAUAAUGCACACAACUGCAUAUUGUGUACUGUAUCUAUUUACCAGUUAACUGGUUCAAUCUGAAUGUAUGCAGAGCAGAUAUCAGAGCACCGUACACACUCAAGGUUCUUGGAUAUUCUACUUGUAUUCUGAACCUUUGUGCACAAUGACAGGAAGAGGAUUAAAAAAACAGUGACAAGGAGGUGGACACAGGUUUUUCUUAUCCUAUUAUGGAGUGUCUGAGCACUGGUCCGUUAUUGUGAAGGACAAAAAUAUGUUCUGCAGGCAGCUGACACUGCAUUUCUCUCACAGUUACAUUGAGGUUCUCUUGAUUUUUUGCAAAUGUGUGUGUAUGUGUAUGAUUGUGGGCAUGUCAUUACAAAGCUAGAUUAGAGGAAACUGAUGCACUGAAGUGCUAUUUAUUCUUUUUUCUUGUGACCGGAAAACAAAAACUGGAACUGUCUGUACCCAAGACUAAAUCUACACUAUUUGAAUAUUCAGGGUUAAUAAAAGAUCAAAUCCAA